UUUUAGCGCGAAACCGGCCAGUUCUACACCAACCAUCUUUUCGAUAAGCUUUCUGCAAGUAAUAACUCCAAAAUGACGGGUGGUAACGUUGGAAAAAGCAUCUUAAAAUUCACCAAAGUCAUCCCUGAAGCCUACGCCCCUACAAAAGGUUCCCUCAAAGCGGCAGGAUACGAUUUAAGAAGCGCAGCAGAUUACGUUAUUCAACCGCAUGGAAAGGAAAUUGUUGAUUUGGGAUUAAAAAUUGAAUUACCCAAAGGGUGUUACGGCAGAAUUGCCCCCCGAUCGGGCUUAGCUGCCAAGAAUUUCAUCGAUGUUGGAGCUGGUGUGAUCGAUGAAGAUUACCGCGGGGUUUUAAAAGUGGUCCUAUUUAAUCAUUCUAACAUGCCGUUUGAAGUAAAGAAAGGGGAUAGGAUUGCCCAACUUAUUUGCGAGAAGAUUUUGUACCCCGAACUCAUUGAAGUUGACGUAAAUGAACUUCAAGAUACCGUUCGAGGUGAAGGUGGCUUCGGAUCAACGGGAACUAAUUAAUGAUUUUUCGUUUAUUAAAAUAUGUAUUGCCAUAGUUACACAAGUAUUUCACUCAUUUAAGAUGAUUAAAGUCGUUAUUUAUAUGUAUUUUUAAGUUUUCUCAAUAAAGUAUUUCUCAAGGUCAA